AUGAGUACAGCAGCAGCAGCAGCAAAAAGUGGAAAAAACCUAUACCAGCUCCUGUCUUCUUUGCCCAACGCAGGUGUUGGCGCACGCGUUGCACCCAACAAGUUUUUCAACAACCAUUCUCUUAAAAACAGUUAUUACGAAGUGACUAAAGUGAAUUUAAAGCAGGAAGGCAACCAUGGACGUGCAUGGGGAGUUCAAGUGAUGAAAGGCCAUACUAUGUAUGAUGGAAAACCAGUGGAAAUUAGAGGCGGACUAAAACUGAAAUGGAAACCAUACGAUGCAUAA